AUGGACAACAUGCACGUCGCUCUCAGGAAUCGAUGCGGGGAGUCCAAGAGCCCGUAUGUGCGAUCCCACAUGGACAAUGCAACAGCUUGGCAGCUUUGGAGUCCUGGAACACUGGAACUGGCUCGCAAGACGAAUCGUCUAAUCUUCGUGAGCGUGGGCUAUUCAGCGUGCCACUGGUGCCAUGUUAUGGCUCAUGAAUCUUUCGCCAAUGAUCGCAUUGCUCAGCUGCUCAAUGAGAAUUUUAUACCCAUCAAAAUCGAUCGGGAAGAACGACCAGACAUCGACCGUCAGUAUAUGGACUUCCUUCAAGCGACCUCGGGAGGUGGCGGCUGGCCACUCAAUGUCUUCGUGACUCCUGAUCUCCAUCCCAUAUUCGGCGGCACAUACUGGCCUGGACCGAAGAGUGAGAGGGCACAACCCGGGACUGCGUUCGAGGACGUACUGGUCAAGGUAGCUGGGACGUGGAAGGAGCAGGAGAAGAAGCUCAGGGACAACGGGAAGCAUAUUGUCUCCAAGCUACGUGAGUUCGCUCAGGAAGGCACGUUGGCCGAUGACAAGGCAGAAGACGGCGAGGGAGUCGAGAUCGAGGUCAUCGAGGAUGCUUACGAGCAUCACAAGACUCGAUUCGAUAGCAAAUAUGGUGGCUUUGGUGCACAGCCAAAGUUUCCGACACCACCGCACCUGAAGGCACUGUUGCGCUUUGGCGAACAUGAUCAGGUUGUGCGAGAUAUUGCAGGAGAUGAGGAGGUCACAAAUGCGAGAAACAUGGCAUUAAAGACUCUAGAACAUAUAGCAAAAGGUGGGAUCAAAGACCAAAUUGGACAUGGCGUCGCACGAUAUUCUGUCACACGUGACUGGAGCUUGCCGCAUUUCGAGAAGAUGUUGUACGACAAUGCACAACUACUGCCACUUUAUUUGGACGCUUGGCUGGUGUCGAAGAAAGAUGUAUACUUGGAAAUGGUCCACGAUGUAGCAACAUAUAUGACCACCGAACCGAUGCAAUCGAAACUUGGCGGUAUCAACGCAUCCGAGGACGCCGAUUCGCUCGAACAACCACAAGACGACCACAAAGUAGAGGGCGCGUUCUAUGUGUGGAGCAUGGACGAUUUCAGGCAGGUCCUGGAUCAGACAGAGCUGAAAGUCUGCGCGAAGUACUGGAAUGUCAAGUUGGCUGGUAAUAUCGAGCAAAGAUAUGAUGCUGAAGGCGAGCUCAUUGGCAAGAAUACGUUGUGUGUAUCUUACGAGAUACCGAGACUUGCCCAAGAACUAGGCCUAAGUGAGGAAGAUGUCAAGAAGACGAUCUCGUCUGGUAGGCGAAAGUUGCUAGAGUAUCGCAACAAGAAUCGUCCACGACCAGCUCUUGAUGACAAAAUCGUGGUGGCAUGGAACGGUCUUGCCAUUGGCGGACUAGCACGAGCCAGUGCAGCACUCCUCAAACUCUCGCCACAAGAAUCAGCUGCGUAUCUUGAGGGGGCUAAGAGAGCUGCACAUUGUAUACAAGAACAUCUCUUCUCCAGCGAGACCAAGACACUCCACCGUGUCUACCGCGAGGGUCCAGGAGAAACGCCUGGCUUUGCAGAUGAUUACGCUUUCCUCAUCUCUGGCUUACUAGACUUGUAUGAAGCUACCUUUGACGACCUGUACCUUGAAUUCGCAGAUACGCUGCAACAGACGCAAAUGAAACUCUUCUGGGAUGAAAAGAAAUACGCUUUCUUCUCCACGCCAGCCGACCAACCAGAUAUUCUCAUUCGCACGAAAGACGCCAUGGACAAUGCUGAGCCAAGCGUGAACGGUGUAAGCGCGCAGAACCUCUUCCGGCUUGCAUCUUUGCUCAACGACGAGAAAUAUGAGAAGAUGGCCAAGCAGACGGUCGGCGCCUUCGAAGUAGAGCUCAGCCAACAUCCUGGUCUGCUCAGCGGGAUGCUAAGUUCGCUCAUCGCUUCAAAGCUGGGGAUCAAGGGCCUUAUGGUCGUUGGCGAGGGUGUAGCAGCUGAAGCAGUACUAGAAAAAGCUAGAUGUCAUGUCAGGCCUAAUUGGACUGUCCUUCGCGUCGGUGGAGAGGCAAAGAGCGAAUGGCUGCGAAGCCGUAAUGAGCUCUUGAAGGGUCUGGAUGAGACGAAGGAGCUAGUGCAGCUUUGUGAAGGGAGCAGCUGUAGACUUUUGAGCUUAAAGGAGGUGGAGAGUCUGUUUCUGAACUAG